AAUCAUACUAUUUUUUUCUAAAUAUUUCUAUUUUUUCAAUUUUCUAGAUGAAGAGCAAAGUUUUGAGUGACAUGGCAAGUCCUGGAAGUGACCUUAAACUGCUUUUUGCAACGGAAGCAUUUAGUAUGGGUACAGAUUCACCAAAUGUUAGAAGGGUUAUUCAUGCUGGAGUUCCAAAAACACUAGAAAUAUACAUACAAGAAAUAGGCAGAGCUGGAAGAGAUGGUAAAUCAUCAACAGCUAUUUUGUACUAUAACAAAUCUGAUAUUUCACAAGCUGUUCCUGGUAUGACAGAUGGAAUGAGAGAUUAUUGCAAUUCAAAAACUUGUCGACGUGCCUAUUUAUGUGAACAUUUUGGUUGUGAAUUCAGUGAAAUGAAUUUCAAGCAUGAAUGUUGUGAUUUAUGUGAAAUGGAAUGCACAUGUAAUCAGUGUUCUGAAACAAAAAGUGAAAUUCCAAGUGAAAUGGAACAAACAGACAAUAUCAUUGAUGUGCCACAAUCUGCUACUGAUGUUGGUUUAAAAAGUUCAAUAUUAGCAACUGUUAUCGACUAUUUUGAAUCAGAAAACGAAUGUCUUAACAUGCCAAAUGCAGCAAUUUAUACAGGUCUCACCAAAGAGCUUGCAAACUUGAUAUCUGAGAACUAUCAAGCCUACCUUUCUGGUACCAUUAUACUAGAACAAUAUCCUAAAAUUGGUCCAGAAAUUGCAGAAAACAUUUCAAUCAUUGUUCAAAGUAUUGUGCUAAACAAUUCAUAUUAUUAAAAUCUUAAUUAAUCAUCAUUAUUUAUUAUUGUAUUUUUGCAGACCAGCAGUUGUACAUGUAUAGAUAUGGUUUUAGGCUUAACCAAUUUGAUUUGUACUUUUUUAAUUCAUGCACUAAUGCUGGGGAAAAAAAACCAUUAAGGUGAUCAAAAGUAUUUUUUCUGCAUUUAAUAAAGAAAUGUCAAGUCAUAGUAUAAAGAAUGGAACUGGGGAAUGUGUCAAAGAGACAUCAACCUAACCAAAAUAUACAAAUUCAACCGAAUGCUAUCAAUGUGACUUAAGUUUAUUCUUAUGAAUCUUGUGUCAUACAAUGUAAAAUGCAUGUUUAAAGACUUUGAAAGUGAUGCCGCAAUGUCUUGAUCUUUAUUCCAUACAACUAUAGGAGCCAAAAAGAAUAUUUGAAUUGUAAUUGAAAGUAUAGCAUAUAUAUAUAGCUGCAGUGCGGAAACAUGCCCCAAAACACCACACUGAGGAAUAAACCUUAUUUAUUAAGAUAACUUUUUAGAAAAAAAUGAUUUGAAAAAGAGAGGAUCUUGGAUAAACAAAACAAAUUUUAUCACAUUUUAAAAAACAUAUAGAUCGAUUCUUUAUAUCUAUAUAUACAUUACAUGCAUAUUGGUAACACAUUAAACAAAAUGCUCCGCUGGGGCGCAGCUUGAUACGACUGCAGAGGUCGAACCCUGAACAGUUGGGGCAAGUAUGGACACAACAUUCAAGCUUCAUACAGCACUGAAUUUGGAUUGUAAUUAAAUAUUUGACACAGCAUAGGUUUCUGAUACAGAAUGAAUGUGGUCUAAGAACUUAAAAAUUUUUAAUUUACCUAUUCAAACCAUAUCAUUAUUAUUUGCUUUUAUAUAUAAAUCAGAAAUAACCAAUUUAAAAUGGAAAAUUUUAAAGAAAAAAAAAAGGAAACAACC